AUGAAUAACUAGUUGUGCUAUUUCAUGCUAAUAAAAGGUAAUGACCAAUCAUUGUUAUUUGCUAAACAAUAUUAUAGCUCAGAUUGUUAAGAUUCAUUGCUCAACAAUUUCAUGAAAGCCCAAUUUUAGUUGAAAAAUGACUCGAGAAUGAGAGUUAAUAGUAAUUCUCUUAAAUUUGGUCUCUACAACUCCAUUGAAAACCAAAGAAUAGCAAAAAAAUACUAGGCAUUAUACGAUGAUAAAAUAAUAUUCUAUAGAGAGGGAAUGACGAUUGAUUAUGAAUAUGACCAAUAUGAAUAAAAUCAGGAUGAUAAAGUUAUUUAUUAGGAUGUCUUUGAUUGGAUUAUCAAGCGUUCAACUAAUCAUAUAGAAAUUCUAUAUAACUGUGAUGAGAUUAGACCAUAUAUGUUUUACGAGCUUUAGAUGCUACCUGAAGAGGUUCUAAUUAUAUAUUAUCGGGGAAGUAAUCAAUCAAGUUCUCAUUACAUGAGAUAGGAAACCUCUAAAAAUAACUUUGAAUAAAUUUCAAUGCUUAUAUCUGAGCUUGAUAACAGAAAAUACUUUGUUGAGCUAAAUGAGUGGACACAAAGUUGCGACUUAAUAAUUGCAAAUAAUUCAUAAUUUCACUAGUAUGACUUGAAAGAACCCUUAGUAAUGAUGAUGAAUUUUAUGGUGUAAAAUGUUAGUUUAACUUAGAAAUUUGAUGAAUCCUACUUGGUAGAUUGGGUUAAAAUGAAGUCAAAUAAUGGGAUGAUAGAUUACAACCCUUCUUAUCCAUAUGAAUUAUUAGGAGCUUCAAUGCCAUCAAUUAUCUUGAUAGCCGAUAAAUAGCAUUUAAUUUAAUCAUUGGUUUAUCAAAGUUUCAAGAAUUUAAGGGAGAUGCUGACUGAUUAGAUAUUUGUAUUUUUAGAUAGGUAGAUACUAGGAAGAGAUAAUUUUCUAAUAGAUACUUUGUUGAUAAAAAAUUAUAGAUAAGAUUUGAAUGAACUGGGCAUGUAUGUAAUUAUACCCUACAGAGAAAGUUUCAAAAGAUAUAGAUUAAUGCAAAACAUUGAUUUAUCAUUGGAUACAAAUACUACAAUAAUUAAAGAUUUAUUGAUAAAUUUCUUCAAAUACAAUGCAAGUGAAAAUUUUGAAGAAGUAUUAAAGAAUGAAGAUGAUUUAUAGUUUUCCUAUAUCUAAGAGAGCUUAAGCAGUCUUAGAAAUGUGAAUGGAAGCUAUAUAAGAUAGAUAUACGAAUAAUUCGGAGAAUUAGAAAAGUUUGUGCAAAAUGAGUAUAUUAUCUUAUUUACUUAGGACAAUUGCUAGUACUGUGAUGAACUAAUGAAAAUCGUAGAAGUUGUUGCUUAGCAAUUAAAGCUUUAGAAUAGCAUGAUAUAGUUUUUAAAAGUAAAUGUGGAUAACAAUGAACUGCCCUUCAUUAAUAGUUUUUCCUAUCUACCAGCUUUAAAGCAAGUAUAAUAUGAAAAGAUAGAUACUUAAAAUUCUAAAAAUAAGACUUAAUAUAAAUUGAAGGAGAACAGUUUAAGUGAAUUAAAAUCAUACUCAGAAAUUAUCGAUGCAAUUCAAGAAAACUCUAAAAUUAUCAAUAUAAAUAAAAAUGAUAGAGACUAGGGAUCACUAAUAUGCUAUGACUCAGAGGAAAAUAGAAUUAAUGAUGUUGAAUCAUCAGGUUAAAAAAAUGAAGAUUAAUCUAGUCUUGAAUAGAAAGAUAAUAAUCUUAGUAUUGUAGAGGAUUAGAAUCCUUAUAAAAGCAAUUUAGUCCACGAUUUUGAUAAUAUUCUUGAUUCCAGAAACCAUAUAUAGGAUAAUAAUGAAGACUAUUAAGAUUUAUAAAAGUAGAAACAAGAUAAUGAUGAUUAUGAUAGCUCAGACUUCGAAUAAGCUAAAGUUAUUAAUGGUGAAUAAUAAAAGGUAUCUUAAGAAGAUUUAUGA